GUUGACGUAUAAAGGUCUUUGGUCACCAACGCCAUUUUCUUGUCGGCGUCAACGGGGAGAAACGGGCUUAUUAAGGCCGCUUGUAAACGACAAAAGAGUGGAAACUUGCUGUUUCGCCGUGAUAUUACGCGAGGAAACCAGCUCGCCGCAUGAGUUAAUGGACUGCCUGCUGCUCAAUGCGUACCCUCGCGACAAAGUUGGUGUAGCUUUCCCCCGGUCGAAGAUGGACGACAGUGCGGCGAGGGAAGAUGCCUGCCAAGAGUAUCAGUCCUCGCUGGAAGACCUCACGUUCAACAGCAAGCCGCACAUCAACAUGCUGACCAUUCUGGCCGAGGAAAACGUCAACUUCGCCAAGGAUAUCGUCGCGAUAAUUGAAGCACAAAUAAGCAAGGCCCCAGCAGCUGAGAAGCUUCCAGUUUUGUACUUAGUGGAUUCCAUAGUGAAGAAUGUUGGAGGAGAGUACCUCGCAGUGUUUGCUAAAAACCUAAUCACUUCAUUUAUAUGUGUCUUUGAAAAGGUGGAUGAGAACACAAGAAAGAGUUUGUUCAAGUUGCGAUCAACAUGGGACGAGAUUUUCCCUCUGAAGAAACUGUAUGCACUAGACGUACGUGUCAACUCUGUGGAUCCGGCGUGGCCCAUCAAGCCUCUGCCGCCUACAGUCAAUGCCAGCAUCCAUGUCAACCCAAAGUUUUUAAAACAGUCCGAGGAAGCCCCUUCUCGGCCUACCCCUUCACAACUGCCUCCGCCAGUAAUUCAGUCCAGCUUGACUCAAGAGCAGAUGAUCAGACAGCAGCUGUUGGCCAAGCAGAAGCAGCUUCUUGAGCUUCAGCAGAAGAAGAUUGAGCUGGAACUGGAGCAGACCAAGGCACAGCUGGUGGGAGGAUUUUCAUUAUUAACACCAACCCCAGUACCGCUCGUGACAUCACCGAAGCCAGUUGGGCAGCCUACCCCUGUGGUUCGACCCCUGAUUGCGCCUCAGCCUCCAAGUGACCCUAAAUUACCCACUAGAGACCCGCGUCUGAACCGCAUAGGGCCCACAGGACCUUUGAAAAACAAAGAGAAGCCUGCUGAGCAAAAGGAAGCCCCUCCUACAAUAGUAACUCCUGUUGUAACGCCAGAGAAACGAGCAGCUGAUAAAACACUUCAUUCAGAAAAGGGACGCAUCCCAAGAAAGGAUGAGAAGCUCAACACAAAGUCUCCUCCAAUGACUAAAAAUGUUCAGAUUAAAAACAAGCAUCCUGAAGUUGAGAGCCACAAGUCUACAGACAGCUCAAAGAAAGACCCCCGUUUGAAGAAACGUGUCCUGGACAAGGCUGGAGAUAGCAAAGAUGAUGAGCAAAAGGAGAAGAAAAGAUGCAGCGACAAGCGAGAUGAGUCGGCACGGGUCACCGAGCUGCCAAAAGCCUACAGAGGAAGGCUGCAGAACGGCCUGGUGACCAAACGUGAGCACAGUGAGUCUGCAGAGAAGGUCGGCGGCAAUGCCCGAACACAUGCCAGAAAACGCACGCGCUCUAGGUCCAAAUCGCGCUCUCCGAACUCUCCAAAGAGAAAAGGCAGAAGGUCACCCAAGAGCAGAACCAGGAGCACCUCCUUAUCACCGUCGCCAUCUCACAAGGCAGGAAACCCCAGGAGGGUCAGGGGUGAUGAACCAGUGCAUGGAAAGAACACGCGAGAUGAUCGACAGGCGCCCAAGAAAAACCAGGUGGAGAGCAGACGCUCCAAGACGCCGGUGGAUGAGCGCAAGACGCCGGUGGAUGAGCGCAAGACGCCGGUGGAUGAGCGCAAGACGCCGGUGGACGAGCGCCGCACAUCCUCCAAAACGCCGGCGGACGAGCGCCGCUCAUCCUCCAAGACGCCGGCGGACGAGCGCCGCUCAUCCUCCAAGACGCCGGUGGACGAGCGCCGCUCCAAGUCCAGAGAGUCUCCACGGAGCCACGACGGAGGCAAUAACCAGGCCAAAGAUCCUCUCCGCUGGAGGAGUGGCUGGGAUGAGAACAAACAUCUUAAGCCUGGAGACUCACACACAAAGCAGGGAACCCAGAGGCACAAAACCUACAACACUCCAACCCGACCCACCACCCCCCGUACCCCGAAACACCGUCUCAGUGUGGACGCCAACCUUCAGAUACCUGAAGUCCUCAACUCUGCGUCCAAGAAAGACCUGCUCAGAAGAGCAAGCAAGAGCUUGGAGAGUGGUGAGAUUUCACAGGAGGACUUCCUGAACAUGGCCCAUAAGAUCAAGAACUUCUUCCAGUAUCAGGAGGAGAAGCAACAGCGUCCAGAAAAUUGGGACGCUGCCGCAAACUUUCCUGGCAGGAAGACGUUGCUGGCCACGCCUCCUGAGCCCUUGGACCAGGCUCAGUUGACUUACUUUGAGCACAAGUCCAAGCUGAGGAAGACGCAGGUGGCGCACCGCACCGCCGGAGAAGACUGGGAUGGUUUGGAGGAAUGUGAAGGGCCAGGCCGGGCACCACGGGAUCAAGAAGAGAGGAGAAGCAUAGAACGUGAGGAAUCCAGACCUCCGCUCGCCCCCAUGAUAGAGGAGUACAACCACGGCAAAGAGUUCCCCGCGCUUAAAUCUCUGCCAGGCCUUCGCUUCAGGAGGAGGGCUGACCCCAGAGAGUCCAGUGAAAGAGAGUGGAACUCCCCCUUGACUGAGCGUCAACGUGAGGAACAGAAGAGCGGCUAUGACGCUCCGCGGCGGUACGCCCCGUCAGCCGAGUCCAGGCACCCUGACCCACGGCGUCUGGAUGGAUCCUCCCACCCCAGCGGCCUGGUUGUCAGGAACUGUCCGAGCCCGUGUGCUCUGGAAACUCCGCUCACGGUGUUUGAGCGUGAACGUCUCUCACCGCUCCACCAGAGGGACAUGGCGGACAUGAGCCCUGUUCCACGCUUUGAGAGUCCCAACAGUGAACACUCAGAUGAUGGGCCGCUCCCUUCCGAACCACCCCUCGCCCCUCAAUCUAUCCUCCAGGGGCCUGUGCUUGGUGCGCUGUUGUCUAAUAUUCAUCAGUCAAGUAAUUCCCCGGGACACACCCCUCCGCACGAAGGUGGCCCCCUACCUCCCUGCUUUGACGCUCCCGGAAACAUGGGCCCGUCUAGACCAAACCCUCCAGGCUGGUACAAUGAGCAAUCCCACUUUGAGGGUCUUCACACAGGCAGGCCCAUUCAUCACAACAUGCCAGAGAGGUUUAACGGACCACACAUUCCACAGGGACCAUUGAGAAGCACGGACAAUAUGGGUCGCUUUGACGGUCAUUUGGGCCCACAGGUUCCCCAAAGGUUUGAUGGACCGGGGCCUGGACACUUUGACAAUGCAGUCCAAUGCUUUGACAACAACCUGGGUCCCAGUCCUGUACCAAUGGGCUUGCAGCGGCCAAUGCCCUUUGAGAACCCUGCAUUGCGGUUGGAAGGCUCUGUCAUUCCAAUGUGUUAUGAGGGACCCGGCCAGCCGGGGCCACGGUUUGACCUACCUCCUCAGGGCCCGCACUUUGACGGGCCACCCGGCCAACAGGGCCCCCUAAGAUUCACAUCCAUACCGAUGGGGCCGAUGCCUCCUCCCAUGUACGAUAACAAUAUCCCCCCCCAUCAAAACUUCCCAAUGGCCCCGCAGCCAUUCCCGGACCCCAUCAACUCUCAGUUCCACCCUGCCCCAAUGGCGUUCCCCACACCGCCGAACUUGCAGCCCACGGCUAACUUUAACAUCCUGCCCGGGCCUCCGUUCAGCCAGCCGGGCGCCGACCCCUUCUUCAACCCCGCCGUAGCUUCAGUCAACAUGCAGCCGCCGGUGAACGUGUUGAACAUGAACCAACCUUUCCUGCCUCAGAACCCAGCGCCUUUUGCACAGCCAGCCCCCCAAAUGGCCCCAACAGAGAACCACUUCGGUCAGGUUGACGUCAAUGACUUGCUUUCCAAACUCAUCUCCACCGGCAUCAUCAAAGGGUCGCAGCCCGACACGACAGCCCCCACGUGCGAGUUACCCUCAGCGUGUCCAGAGGCGCCUCCUGUAGAGGAGGAAGAGGAUGAGGAGGUGGAGGAUGAUUUCCCCGACCUCACCAACUUCAAGCUCGACGACAUGAAACAACGUUACGAGAGCGUCGUGACCAAACUGUACUCGGGGAACCAGUGCUGCUUGUGCAGCAUGAGGUUCACAGCCGCACAGACUGACCUGUACGCUGACCACCUGGACUGGCACUUCAGGCAGAACCAUGCUGGCAAGGUGGCCGGCAAAAAGAUCACGCACCGCCGCUGGUAUUACGGCCUCACGGACUGGGUUGAGUUUGAGGAGAUAGCUGACCUGGAGGAGCGAGCCAAGAGCUUGUUCUUUGAGAAGGAGAAUGAGGAGGAGGUACAGAAGAACCAGGCGGCGGCCAAAGAGAAGGAGUUCCAGAGUGUCAAGGCCGCUAAAGAUCAAGUCGCGGAGUUGUGCGAAAUCUGCCAGGAGCCUUUCGAGACAUAUUGGGUGGAGGAAGAGGAGGACUGGUUCCUCAAGAAUGCCAUUAGAGUCGACGAUAAGAACUUCCAUCCUUCCUGUUUCGAGGACUAUAAAAACACAUCUUCGUACAUGGAUGCAACGCCAUCGCCCAACAAGGUGCUGAGCGAACACCCGCUGGGCAUCUUCAUAAAGGCAGAGGAAGAUGACAAUUCACAGUGUUGCACCUUUGAGGCCUCGAUCAAGCAGGAAGCUGAUCCUGAGGAGGGUGAAGGCGAGCAUCCAGCAAAGAAGCAGAAAGUAGAGGAGCCGCUUUUAACAGAUUUGCAAUCAGAAGAGGACAGACUGUGAGCAGCUUCUCGGCUGCGCUUUUUCUUUGUUUUGAAGGAAAAAGUCUUCGGUUGGUCGGCGAUUUAACUUGAAUACAUUUUGGUAUUUGUGCCGAGCACUUCACCCUGCUGCUGCUUCGAUAAGUGAAAUUUUUCAUUUUCGGGCUCAACGUGUACAUGAUUUAAUUUAUACAUUAAAGUAUUUUUGGAAUCUCUGGCGUACCAGUGAUUUGAAUGAAACAACUGGUCUAAGUUGUAGUUUGGAUAACUCCUCGUUUGCAUGAGUUGAUGAUGGGCAGUUGCAGGGGUUCAGUUUAUGGCCACGAUGAAGGUAAGCAUCAAUCUCAUUGGUCCGUGGAAGAUCACCUGGUCAACAAAAGUUGCAGGCCAUUUUUACUUCUUUUUCUUUUUUUGGUGUUCAGUUUCAAUAAAGAUUCAGAAACUUUU